CUUUUUACCAUUACCAAUGCUCGUCAACUAUAUAAGGUUCAGAUUAUUUGACGCUGACGUCUAGUAUGAUAUAUGUUUACGAUACGAUAUUCGGUACGACAUAUGAUUCAAAAAACAUGAGGUGGUGUCUAGCAAUAUUGUUUUUCGGACUUUCGUCUACAGCAUGUCUUGGACAGAAGUGCGAGCCCACUUAUGGGGUGGACUUCGAGUUAUUGACCUCUGCAUAUGCGGCGGGUGCUGAACAAUUUCCAACACCGACUAUCGAGCUCAAUGAUCGCUCAGCGUGCAAAUUUGGAAUGAAAUACACGAAUGACGUAACGGCAUACAUCGAGUCACUUUUUCUCAAUGUAUACCUUCAGGCUGAUCAGACAGGUAAUCAACUAAUCAAGGCUGUUAAAGAUCGCUCUAAUGUAUUAAGAAGAGCGAUCCUAUCCAUUGGGAACAUGAAACAGACAGAAAUCGGUAUAGAAGAAGGUUUGAAAUCGCUGAUUGGACAGAUUAACCUUUUUUUGAAUCUACUUCCUGGAAACGUAGACAUCAAAUUUGCGGCGCUGCCCGAUUUACCUAAGGAACCAGUAAAUGGCCCGCUUUCCAUUAACAAGGAGUUAUCAGCGGCUGAUUACUUUCUGCAUUGGGCAGAAACAGCAGAUUCAGUUUUCGUUAGAUUGUACGGGUACAUUACUGGAAUGUUUUUAUCCGGCUGGAGUAACGCUAGGUUGUAUUUCAACCUCGUUGGAACACAAAUUCGUAACCAGGUUCUGAAUUCAAUAGCUUUGAAAAACUACAAAUUUGCCGUUGCUGAAGUGCUCAGUGAGGCUGAUCUGUUUCAACGACACUGUACAAACGAAACAUGGGGAUCAUUCCAAGACGUCGCUUUCAAAGUAGCUGCGCUUUCGCAUCACUUGCACGAAGCUUUGGAAAACUAUAACGCAUGCCUUGCAUAAUAUAACAUAAAUAUACGUGUACAUUGUACACUACCUUUGUAUCUAUCGUUAAAUUAAAUGAAUUUAUUGCUG